AUGCUGGAACUACAGCUAACAUCCGGUGAGAGCGAAAACUUCUUCCACGUUACCGUCACUGGCCAGCUCGAAUCGGCCCGCUUCCCGAUGGGUCCGGACGGUAGUGGACUGUUCUGUCGGUACGAUAUAGUGGCCGGUCCGGACUGGGAGCUAGUGUCCGGGCUACGAUCAGCCGUUACCCAGAGUGCACGUACCGAAUCCGACUACCGCACGGUAGUGUUUAAUAUGCCGAUUGAGUUUACGAUGAAGUCUACCAACCCGUACGGUUGGCCCCAGAUCGUCUUCAGUCUGUACGGUGCGAACAUUUGGAACGUGGAAACGAAUCGUGGAUAUGCGCGGUUACACUGUCCACUCGGUGGCAGUGGCAACGGUUCAUCGGCGGAACGUACCCUACGGGCACCGCUCUUCAUCCCGAAGUACUCCAACCUGUGUUCGGCUGCGAUGAGCUGGAUCAGUGGCGUUAAUCCGGAAAUGCGCGAUCCCAAGAUACUGGUCGACGGCUCCAAACACAAGGGUCUCGCGUGCGAGACCUACGGUGAGCUGGUGGUACGAUUGCAGACGAUUUCGCGCGGCACCAGCCAGAUGGCUCUCGACUGGGGCCAAACGCACCUGGACGACCCGGUACUGAGAUGA